AUGGCAUCUCUCGUGAGCUCGGCCAUCCAGCUGGUCGGCCGCGGAACGCUGCGCGACAAAUAUGCUGAGUGUACAUUGGACACCUGCCCCCUCUGGACCUCCUACUACUUCUACCGCGUCAACCUGGCCGCAAAUGCGACAUUCAUCUCCCUCUUCGCCAUCUCUCUCAUCGGUUUCGUCGUUACAUUUGCUCUUACCCGUCGAGCCAACGCUUUCUCCGCCGCUAUGAUCAGCGGGACGGUAUUGGAGGUUCUUGGGUAUUACGGCCGCAUCGCAAGUUGGAAGAACCAGUGGGCUGAGACGGGCUUCUUGAUGCAGAUUUUCAUCCCCUGCGAUCUCCUCUCCCUCCUCCUACAAGCAGCUGGCGGCGGCAUUGCCUCGUCCGCCUCUCAUAGCGGGCAUGAUCCCACCGUAGGAAACAACAUCAUGAUAGCUGGGCUCGCCUUCCAGGUAGCCACACUCUUCACGUUCAUGGGCUUCUGCAUCGACUUCACGAUCCGCACGCGGAAGCGCUACAAGUCUAUGGGGGAGCAAGCAUUCGACCAGAACCCGCUCUUCAUCGAACUCCGCAGGUCCCUCAAAUUCAAAGGUUUCCUCGCCGCGUUGACGCUCGCCACCAUUUGCAUCUUCUGGAGAAGCGUGUACCGUGUUGCUGAACUGGCGGAAGGUUGGACGGGCCACUUGAUCAAGCAGCAGUGGUUGUUCGUCGGAUUUGAGGGCGUUAUGGUCAUUGUUGCUUGUCUGGCGUUGAACGCGUUUAACCCCGCCUACACAUUUAAGGAGGCCAUGGAGGGGCUAGGUGGAUUGGGCAGUAAGAAGAAAGCCAAGAAACAGGAGACGAGGAGUCCGAGCAGCAGUGAUGUAGAAGGGGUUAAGACGGAGAAUGCUUAG